AUGGAGCCCAACAGCAGUGGUUCUAUGAGUCUUGGGGACACUUUGGUACAUAGUACAGGUAUGAAAGACGAACUGAUGUCAGGGAUUAAGGACAUGCAUCCUUCUAAAGACUCUUCCAAUGGGAGCGUUGGAACACCAGACAGUAUCAGCGACUCGGACAAACCUUCCAAACAAAAGCGACACCGGACACGCUUCACACCAGCUCAACUCAACGAACUGGAACGAAGCUUCGCCAAGACACACUAUCCUGAUAUAUUUAUGAGGGAAGAACUAGCUUUGAGGAUCGGACUAACAGAAUCCCGUGUUCAGGUAUGGUUCCAAAACCGCCGUGCCAAAUGGAAGAAAAGGAAGAAGACCACCAAUGUAUUCCGAACACCAGGAGCUCUGCUUCCCUCUCCUGGAUUGUCUCCCUUUGGGCCAAUGAAUGACACAUUCUGUACAUUCCAUCCAUCAGACACGAGGUGGUCCGGAAUGUCAGGAAUAUCCAACAUGGGUUCCCCGAUGAACGGAAACCCUCUGACACUAUCGUCCUCGUUACCGCGACAAGGAAUAGCUCAGUCUGUCGGACCGCAGAUGUCAAUUUCCGGACUUGGUGACGUCACUCUGGGAAACAGCAUGGGCAUGAAUGGGGGUGCGGGUAUCUACAGCACGGGCUACGGUAUGACCCCCGCAAGCUGUUCAUCACAGCUUACAGGCUCAUCCUCGCCAACACUCCCUAAUACUCAGAUGUCGUGUGGAAUGCAGGAAAUGGGAGAAACUUGGCGGGGAUCAAGCAUAGCUACACUGAGACGAAAGGCGUUAGAACAUACGGUCACUCUCACGGGUUUUAGAUGA